AUGCCUGAGAACACAGUAGGCGAAACCGGCCGCGACGGAUCCUUUCUUCAUCGACUGCAUCAAGGACGGCUACAAAAAGUCCAGCUCCGCCUACCUCGCUCCCCCAAGCAAGCGAGACAACCUGGAAGUCAAGACCUUGCCAUCCUCCCAGCGCCUGCAACGGCUCGCCCCGGCAAAUGCACACCAGAAUGCACAACAGACCACAUCACUCCUGCAGGCCCCUGGUUCCGCUACCGCGGCCACCUAGAGAACAUCUCCAACAACACACCAAUCGGCGCCGUCAAUGCCGAGACGGGACAGGUCAAUUCCAUCCGUAACCAGCUCACCGGCGAGGAAAGCCAAGAAGUCCCCGCCACGGCGCGGUACUACAAGAGCCACGACCAGCCGUGGGUGGUCAUCGCCGACCACAAUUACGGCGAGGGUUCCUCGCGCGAGCACGCCGCGUUGCAGCCGCGCUAUCUAGGCGGGGUGGACAUCAUCGCCAAGUCGUUUGCCCGGAUCCACGAGACAAAUCCGAAGAUGCAAGGUAUGUUGGCGCUGACGUUUUCAAAUGAGGCCGACUAUGAUCGCAUUCACGCAUCAGAUCGUGUGAGUAUCCGCGGUUUGGCGGAGUUGGCGCCGGGGAAGAACUUGACGCUGCAGGUGGCUUCAGGACAAGGGGAUCUUUGGGGGGUGGAAUUGCAGCAUACGUUCACUGAGGAGCAGAUUGGGUAUUUCCGAGCGGGAAGUGCGUUGAAUUGAUGAGUGGAGG